AUGGGCAAGAGAGAACGCGAAGAGGCUGCGGCCACUGUUGACGCCGAGUCCCACAAGAAGGCAAAGAAGGAGAAGAAGGACAAGUCUGAAGAUGCUGAGAAGGCCGCUCGCAAGGCUGCCCGCAAAGCCGCAAAGGCCCAGAAGAAGAGCGAAGGAACUUCUGGCGAGACCGACGCCGACGAGGCAAAGGCAGAGGCCAAGAGACUGAAGAAGGCUGCAAAGGCUGCUGCUAAGGCCGAGUCAGCGGCCACCUCGACCACCCCCUCCGAGACCGUCACCGCUCCUGUCGCCGCAACUCACGGCUACACCGAGCACCCUGGUCUGACCGCCCUGCCGCAAUCCGAGAUUGACGCCUUCAUCGCCGAGAAGUUCAUCACCGUCACCGAUGAGGCCAAGGCAUCGCCCGCCUACAGACCCAUCACUUCGUUCGACUACGUCCCCAUCACCGACAAGGCCCAGCGCGCUCCCUUCGCCAACUUCAAGACCCCCUCACCCAUUCAGGCUGCCGCCUGGCCCUACCUCUACGCCGGAAGAGAUGUCAUUGGUGUUGCUGAGACUGGUUCCGGCAAGACCAUGGGUUUCGGUGUUCCCUGCAUCAGAUACAUCUCUUCGCUCUCUGCGAAGGAGCAGAAGAAGGGCAUCAAGGCCUGCAUUGUUUCUCCUACCAGAGAGCUUGCUGUCCAGAUUCAAGAGCAGCUUGUCAAGCUGGCAGAGCCUGCUGGUCUCAAGACUGUCUGUGUCUACGGUGGUGUCAACAAGGACCAGCAGCGCGCAACUCUCACUGGUGCUCACAUCGUUGUCGCAACUCCCGGUCGUCUCAAUGACUUUGUCAGCGAAGGCUCAAUCGACCUCAGCAAUGUGACCUACGCUGUUCUGGACGAGGCCGAUCGUAUGCUUGACAAGGGUUUCGAGGAGGAAGUCCGUAAGAUUCUCGGAAGCUGUGCCCCUACCGGUCGUCAAACCCUCAUGUUCACCGCAACCUGGCCUCCAUCAGUACGCGAGCUUGCUGCUACUUUCAUGAAGAAGCCUGUGCGUAUCAACAUUGGUGAGAACACCACUGGAGAGCUGCGCGCCAACACUAGAAUCGUUCAAGAAGUUGAGGUCAUGGACCCUUACGACAAGAACGACCGUCUUAUUGCUCUUCUCAAGAAGUACCAGAGCGGCAAGAACAAGGAGGACCGUAUCCUGGUCUUCUGCUUGUACAAGAAGGAAGCCACCAGAAUUGAGGGCUUCAUUCGUUCCAAGGGCUUCAAUGUUGGUGGUAUCCACGGUGAUUUGAGCCAGGAUCAGCGUCAAAGAAGUUUGGACGCCUUCAAGGCAGGCAAGGUUCCUCUUCUUGUUGCUACCGAUGUUGCUGCCAGAGGUCUCGAUAUUCCUGCAGUCAAGGUUGUCAUCAACGUUACUUUCCCCUUGACUGUCGAAGAUUACGUUCACCGCAUCGGUCGUACUGGCCGUGCUGGACAGGACGGUAGAGCCAUCACCUUCUUCACUGACCACGAGAAGGGUCUUGCUGGUGCUUUGAUCAACGUUCUCAAGGGCGCUAACCAGCCCGUUCCUGAGAGCUUGAUGAAGUUCGGAACCACUGUCAAGAAGAAGUCUCACGACGCAUACGGCGCCUUCUACAGAGAUCCUAGCGAGAUGAAGGCUGCCACUAAGGUCACUUUUGAUGACUAG